AUGAUUUCAACUACAACGUUUCUAUCGUCUUUGCUAUGCUUAACAUAUCUAACCUCAGCUUUACCAAUCCUUCCCAAGAGAGAAGUCGUAACGAGAGUUCACACAGCAAGCACAACCAACGUAGUAACUGAUUUUUAUUCCACUACCACCGAAGUUGUUAUUGCCCCAACCGUUGAAUUCUUAAUAAGCGAUAGUGUUACCUUUACCACAACCUUGAUCCCACAAGGUGUGAACCCCACAGCUGAACCAACCACGACUAUCACUAAGGUUCUCUUAAAGAAGGCUGAAUUGAGCACAUCUUCUUCGCCGCAAACAUCUACUUUGCAGCCAGACACUAUGUCGCAAACAACCCCUUCUUCUCAAGCAGCAUCUACCUUGCAAUCGGCCUCUGCGCAGCAAACUGGCACAUAUCCUUCUACAGCAAGCACAAAUGAGAACGUUCAACAAUUAGCCACUACUUCUACUUCUACUUCUACUUCUACUUCUUCCUCCUCUCCUUCUACGCCUUCCACUACCACUACUUCUACUUCUACACAAAAUAUCGUGAGUGGUGUUGGUGAAGCCAAUGUUGAAGACAGUACCCAAACUCAACAUCAUUCUCAUCAAGCAGCUGCGACUACGACGUUGAACCAACAAACAACUACCUCAACUACUUCUCAAGAAUCCACCGAAUCGGUUACAACGACUACUUCAUCCACUCCUUUGGCCACUACUUCAUCCACCACUUCGUCUACCACUUCGUCCACCACUUCGUCUACCACUUCUUCCACCACUUCGUCUACCACUUCGUCCACCACUUCGUCCACCACUUCGUCCACACAAGAAGCAGCAACUUCUACAUCUAGGGAUUCCUCUAGCAGCAGCGCUGCCAUAACUUCUUCUCCAAAGGCUAUCGCAUACUCACCCUAUAAUGAUGAUGGCUCUUGUAAGUCUGCAGACGCGGUCUCUUCUGAUUUAACGUUAAUCAAAUCCAAAGGUAUUGCCAAAAUUCGUGUUUAUGGUACAGAUUGUAAUUCUUUCGAAACUGUUCAACCAGCAGCCGUGAAACUUGGUAUUAAGAUUAAUCAAGGUUUGUACAUCACUAGUAGCGGCGUUGAUUCCAUAGAUGAUUCCGUUACUACAUUGAUUGAAUAUGGUCAAGCUAACGGUUGGGAUGUCUUUGACUUCAUUACUGUUGGAAAUGAAGCUAUUCACAAUGGUUGGUGUUCUGUUUCUGAUUUGAUCAGUAAAAUUUCCUCCGUUAAAUCUCAAUUAAGCGAGGCUGGCUAUUCUGGUCAAAUUACUACAAGCGAGCCACCCGUGUCAUUUGAAAAUAACCCUGAUCUAUGCAAAAAAUCUGAAAUUGACUUUGUUGGUAUCAACCCACACGCCUACUUCGAUGCUAGUGCUAGUGCCGGAACUGCUGGUACAUUUGUCAAGGGCCAAGUCGAGUUAAUUCAAGGUGUUUGUGGCACCUCUAAUGUUUUCGUCACAGAAACUGGUUACCCAUCAUCUGGUAUUCAAAAUGGAGGCAAUAUUCCAUCCACCGCUAACCAAAUUACCGCAGUCCAGAACAUCUUGAACGAAAUGGACUUAGAUGUUACAAUCUUAUCGACUUACAACGAUUACUGGAAGUCACCUGGCGAUUACGGUAUCGAACAGUCUUUUGGUGUCAUCGAUUAUUUUCCAUAA